AUGCUAGCGCCCACCAUGGUCGUGUCCGCGAAGAAAGCGUCGACCGACUCCGAAGUCGAUGGCAAGGCGAGUCCUGGGCAGCCGGCAAAGCCGCGCAAGCGCGUGCCCGCCGAAAUAUGGGAAACCAAGCGUCCUAUCAUCACCCGGCUGUACCAGGAAGAAAAAAAAUCAUUGAAAGAGGUCAUGGAAACCAUGCAACGUGACUAUCAUUUUGUCGCCACUGUCAAGAUGUACAAGUCGAGGAUAUGGAAAUGGGGCCUCGACAAGAAACUCAAGGGGGACGAGGUCCUGGCCAUUAUGCUCCUCAAGCGGGACCGAGACAUGUUGAGGAGGCCGACAGAGUUCAGGAUACGCGGGCAGCCUGUAGACCUGGAGAACAUCAGCCGGUAUCUGAAGCGUAACCCGUCGUUGAUGGCCAAGUUCAAAGCAGGCCAAACGCCCAGUGUGCAGACAGCCCUCGAGGUGACUUGCCGAACUCCUUCGCCGCCCCCAAGUCCGGCGAGAGCCCUGGCACCGACGAUGGAGAUGCAGAGUACGGAACAAGUGCUGUGCCUAUUCCGAGACUAUAUCGACGGGUCCUUCUCCUCGGGGGGCUGGCGGUGUGAAUUCGAUGUCGACUGUUCCAACAGCCGGUCCAACCAGGGAGAUCGGAGUAACGAUUUGUUCGAGAGGGUCAUUGCGAGUUUUGCUUUGGUGAACCGCUGCAUGAUCAGGGGUGACCAAAUCAACAUCAACAGUGUCCUCGGUCCAGCUUUCGAAUCGCUCAAGGAGAUCGUGGCCGCCGAGAGCCCGGACUUUGUUGCCCGUACGGUCUGCUUGCUCUGGUACCUAGACCGACAUCACAAGCACGACCUCCUGAGGCUAGUUCUUGACUACCUGGCCGGGCUCAUCCCCAUCGUUCUAGGACCGCAUCACAUUCUUGCGCACAUCUGGCGCAGACUGGGCGCGACGGAGUUUUCCGAUUACUAUGAGCUUUCCAUGCGGCUGUAUUCGCUGCUGCUUCCCGACAUCGAAGAGCGUGUAGGGUCGGCCAACUACCUGACGCACCUGUUGUACAGCGACUACUUGGACUGCAUCUUUGCCCGACAAGAUCCGGAAGACUGUGAGGCGAUGCUCAGCGGUCACCGGGCGCGUGCCGAAGCCUCGGGGCAAACACACCCAUGGCUGGAUGACAUGGCGCUCUCGCACGCGGGCUUGCUUGCGGCUUGCAAAGAAAACCAGGGUCGGUUGGACGAGGCAGUGGAAGUGCUGACGACACAUAUGAACACAUGCAGCAUGACGGACGAGCAGGAGGCGGCCGUCAACCUCGAGCUCGGAGUCAAGUAUUACCGAAUGGCCAACAUCUCGGCAGCCAUCACAUCUUUCAAGUCGGCGGCCCGCAUCGCCCUGACCUCGGAUGCAGACGAACGAAUCUCGAUGACGGCAUUGGCGAAUCUGGAAAGGCUCCUCCGGCAAACCGAUAAGAUGGCCAAAGCAGACCGGGUGCAUCAAUAUCGCAUGGAGCGGCUAGCGGCGUUUGCGGAGAAGUCGGUUUCGAUGUCGAAGGGCGUCUCUGGAGACGACGACAACGACAGCGACAGAAAUAACGACGUGGAAGACCUGCCCGACUGGCUAUGGAAAUGCGACGACGGCGAAGAAGAUACACCGAGGUGGCUCGAACUGCCACCAAUUGGCUGGGCUGGUAAGGCGUCGACAACUUCGUUCACUGGGGUCGCAAGCAGUGGUUUGGAAUGGACGAAUACAUCGCAGUCCGGGUCGCCAGCCGUGCUCUCGACAGAAUAUUCACCAUGCUUGAAGGACCAAGCCGUCGAUCCCGAAGUCGAGUACUUGUACCGACACGACGGAGAGGGCAGGUAG